AUGCAAUCUAUCUUCUUUCUCCUCUUCCUCACAUUCAGUGCUACCGUGCUGGCUAGCUCAUCCACAUCCUACAACAAAUGGGUCAAGAGUCUUCCCUCAUGCAUGCAACCCUGCUUCAACGACUUCUUUACGAAUCCUGCUCAAGGCAAAUGCGGCAAAGGUGCCAGCACCAGCAGCAAGCCAUCCGACAUUAACUGCAUCUGCCAAUCAGGCAGUUUUACCUCGAGUAAUGGGAAUGCGCCGUCCAUCGCCGACUGUGCAUCGGCGCUAUGCCCUGAUGCAGCGUCUCAGUUGCAAACUGUCCUGGGUUCCUACACCCAGUUUUGUUUGAGUCAAGUCAAUUCAGAUGGAUCCGUGCCAAGUCUAGGGAGCACUACGCCGGUGUCAGGCUUGGAUGUGAUCCUUGUGUCGGGCGGUAUUACUCUUCUUCAAUGUGUUUUAUAG